AUGGAUAUGAACCAUUUAAUAGGUCAGCGGUUCAACCUGAUCUCCAAGAGUGACAUUCGCUAUGUUGGUACUUUACACGAGAUCAACCCCGAGGCUUCAACAAUAGCCCUCGAGAAUGUCGUCUCUUUCGGCACUGAAGGCCGACGCGGUAACCCCGCCGAGGAAAUCCCCCCUUCGUCCAGCAUCUACGAAUACAUUGUGUUCCGUGGUAGCGAUGUGAAGGACAUUAGUGUCGCCGAGGAGAAGGAAGCCCCACAGCCUGAGCCUCCUCAGGUGCCUGAUGAUCCUGCUAUUCUUGGAAGCAUGUCACGACCUGGACCGGGACCAGGACAAGCACAAGGACCGCCAGGACCACCAGGACCGGGUCCUCAGGGACUUCCUCCUCAUUCCCAACCCCCUCAACAGCCCGGGGCACCUCGCCCGGUUCCUCCUGGCUAUCCUCAACCUCCCCAGUUCCAAGGAUUCUACCCACCCUAUGGACAACGGUUUGGAGCGCCUGGAUUUCCUCCCGGACCGGGAUUCCCCAACAUGCCGUACGGCGCCCCGCCGGGAUGGUUCCCCCCCUCCGGGUCAAGGCUUCCCCCAGGGUCCUGGCCAGUUCCCACCUCAGAUGCCUAUCGGUCCUCCUGGUCAACAUCAGACACCCCCUCCUCAGCGGCAAGGACCUGUCCCCCGACAAGCCUGUUGAGCAAGCCUGCGAGCCGUGAUGCCACUCCUGGACCCGGCGCACCGGCGCAGGUUGCUCCUACUCCCCCUGUUGAGUCCAAGCCUUCAGGGCGAGGCCGUACAGGCAUCUGCGGGACCUGCCCAAGGCCCACCCGCCGGACUGAACAAGGUCCCCCGACCGGCCCACGGAAUGGUCGCGUGCAGCCGGCGAUUCCCAUCGCGGCUCCUAAGGCGCCUGCUCCCAGGCCGCGGAUUACCGAAGCUUACCGGGCGGCCACUGCUGCGGUUGCAGCCGCCAUGGCCAAGCUGCCUCAGCCUGGUCCCCAGCAGAAGUCGGGAGCUGCGCCCGUCGAUAACCUGACGCGGCAGAUGGCUGAAAUGAAGCCUUACGAUGGCACUCGACCUCAGCGUGGUCAUCAUCAGCACCCUCGCGGCGGACGCGGUGGCCAGCGCACCCAAUACCAGGGACACAAGAAGGUCGAAGACCUGCUCAAGGAAGCCAUUGCCACUGGUUCCCCGGUCCACGAGGUUGAGCCUCAAUUCCCGGACGGCGACGUAUCGGAAGUUGCCAGUGCUGGUGGAGCCAGCGAUGCCACUCCCUACAACAAGUCCAGCUCAUUCUUUGACAACAUCUCGAGCGAGGCUCGCGACCGCGAAGAAGGAGCUGGCGGCCGCGUCGGUGGCCGUGAAUGGCGCGGUGAAGAAGAGAAGCGCAACAUCGAAACCUUCGGUCAGGGCAGCGUCGACGGCUAUCGCGGUGGCUACCGUGGCCGUGGCCGCGGCCGUGGCUAUGGUCGUGGACGUGGUGGUUACAACCGCGGCUACGGUGGUCGUGGACGCGGCGGCGGCAUCCGAGGUGGCCGCAAUGUCUCUCAGUCCACCGGAGUUCCCACGCAGACCUAA